AUGGAGUGCCUCAAGCACAUCACAGCCCGCAAAGUGCUCUUCCGCGGCGGCGAGCCCUGGCCCGGCGCCUGGCGCACCCGCACCGAUCCUCCUCAAAGCAGCCGCGGGCAGAACAACAACCACAACCACACCAACGGCCUCCCCCGCGGCUCCAGCCACGCCCGUAACCUCUCCUACGCCUCCAUCGAGCACCACUCCUACGCCGAAACAACCGAGUUCCACGGCUGGCUCGACCGCGCCCCGCCAGGCACGGACACCAGUCCCAAGGGCACCGUCAAUUCCGCAUGCAUGGAGUCCUCGCGGGACAAUCUCGAGUUCAAAACAGUGGAUCUAACCGCCUACGACGCAAUCGAGGUCGUCCUGGGGAAAUCCGACGGGAAGGUGUAUACGAUCGCACUAGAAGACGAGCGGCAGUUCCUCUCGUGGGAGGGCCAGUUCCGCUGCGUGAAUGAGAAGGGCCUUAUGACGCCGACGAGGCGGAUAUUGAGGCUUGGGGAUCUGGUGCCGCGGCGCCAGCGCACGAGCGCGAUUAUGCGGAAUAGUCCGCGGUUGUUGGAUGCGAGGAAGGUGGGGAGAUUUCGGGUUGCGAUUUUCAAUUCCCAUCCCAGCCAGGAAGGACCGUUCUCGCUGAGCAUAUACUCGAUCAACGCGGUUAAGCUGAAUUGCUCGUGUCCGCCGGUUGUGGAUCCCGUGAUUGAGAGGCAGAAUGGUGUGUGGAAUUGGAGGGUAGGGGCCGAGUUGGCCUUGUCGGAAGUAAAGAACCGCAUGGGAGAGGUUGCGUUAUUUCUGCGCGCGAGGAUGCCGGAGUUGGAGUCCAAGCUGAAAGCGCAGAUCAAGUCGAGGCUCAAGACGGGUGAUGCUUUGGGAUGGGGAUGGGUACGGAAGGCGAAGAAGGGGUCUCUUUAG